AUGGUUGCUCAGUUCAGACGUGAAGCUCAGCAGAAAGCCAGCAGCAGCAGCUCAGAGCUACAAGCUGCCAAACCAGGAGAAGUUCCCUGUGACAUCUGCACUGGAACCAGACUGAAGGCCCUGAAGUCCUGCCUGGUGUGUCAGACCUCCUACUGUCAGACUCACCUGGAGCCUCAUCUGACAGUGAAAGGUCUGAAAAGACAUCAGCUGAUUGAUGCUGUGGAGAACCUGGAAGGCAGGAUGUGUACGAAGCACGAUAACCUUCUGCAGCUGUUCUGUAAGACCAACCAGACAUGUGUCUGCACGCUCUGCUCUGUUUUAGACCACAAGAACCACGAGUUUGUUCCUCUGAGAGAAGAAUAUGAAGGAAAGAAGGCAGAGCUGGAGAAGACAGAGGCUGAGAUUCAGCAGAUGAUCCAGAAGAGACGACUGAAGAUUCAGGAGGUCAAAGAGUCGGUGAAGAUGAGUAAAGAUGCUACAGACAGACAGAAAGCAGAAGGUGUUCAGGUCCUCGCUGCUCUGAUGGAGUCUGUUGAGAGACGCCUGAAGGAGCUCAUAAAGGAGAUCGAAGACAAACAGGAAACUACAGAGAAACAGGCUGAAGGUCUCAUCAAAGAUCUGGAAAAGGAAAUCUCUGCGCUGAUGGAGAGAAGCUCUGAGGUGGAGCAGCUCUCACGCUCUGAAGACCACCUCCACCUCCUUCAAAACUUCUCCUCCCUGAAAGCUGCUCCACCCACCAAGGACUGGACAGAGGUCAGAGUCCGUCCACCAUCAUAUGAGGGGACAGUGGGGAGAGCUGUGGCUCAGCUGGAGGAGACAGUCUGGAAACCCAUGAAGAAGAAGCUGUUUGAGGCUGAGCUGCAGAGGGUCCAGCAGGAUGCAGUGGAUGUGACUCUGGAUCCUGAUACAGCUCAUCCUAAACUCAUCCUGUCUGAUGAUGGAAAACAAGUGUAUGACAGAGAGCAGAGUUUCUCUUCAGGCAGGUUUUACUUUGAGGUUCAGGUUAAAGGAAAGACUGAGUGGACUUUAGGAGUGGCCACAGAGUCGAUCAACAGGAAGGGAAACAUCACACUGAGACUUCAGGAUGGUUUCUGGACUGUGAGGAUGAGAAAUGGAAAUGAGUACAAAGCUCUUGCUGGUCCUUCAGUCCCGCUCUGCCUUCAUCCUGGUCCUGAGAAGGUGGGGGUGUUUGUGGGUUAUGAGGAGGGUCUGGUCUCCUUUUAUGAUGUAGGUGCUGCAGCUCUGAUCGACUCCUUUACUGGCUGCUCCUUCACUCACAAACUCCACCCAUAA